CAGCUUCGUAGACAACCAUGGACCCUUUUUGCCUCUGAAAAAGCUUUACCAAUUCCUUUGACAGAUUAAAGACAUAGCCGGGGCUACUUUUGUACAUUCACACAUGCCCUUGAACCUGAAAAUACAGAAAGAAAGAGAGAGAGAGAGAGGGAGACUACAACAAGCGUUGAGGUGUGCUGUGAGUCUGUCUGUCUGGGUGGCCACUUAAGAGACAGGAAAACUUACCCAAAUAAUUUGGGCUUCUGUUCUAAAGAAGGAAACGGAUUAUAAUAAUAUUGUGCUGAUCUGAAACGUCUUACAAUGUCAGCAUUUUAGCAGCCAUCAUAUCCAACGCAACCCACUUGUUUCUCACUUUCUCUUCCACAACAAACCAUCUCACACCACCACAACCAUGUCAACCAAAUCCAAGUCUACCUUAUCUGAAACUCCUCACAAAGCAUCACCGGCAACUCCAAGAGUUAGUAGACCAACCAGCAGGGGAGUGGCUAAAUCAGAAUCUGAUUCACCCUCUCCUUUGCAAAAUUCCCGCCUUUCAGUUGAUCGGUCCCCGCGAUCAGUUACCUCCAAGCCCACCAUUGAGCGUAGAUCACCAAAACUCGCUACCCCGCCUGAAAAACAACCUACACGAAUUGCAAAGGGAUCAGAAUUACAGGUGCAAUUGAAUCUUGUCCAGGAAGAUCUAAAGAAAGCAAAGGAACAGAUAGCUUUGGCUGAGAAAGAGAAGGCAAAAGCCAUUGAUGAAUUAAAAGAAGCACAAAGAGUUGCUGAAGAAGCGAGUGAGAAACUCAGGGAGGCUUUGUUGGCUCAAAAGCAAGCUGAGGAUAAUUCGGAGAUUGAUAAGUUCCGGGCUGUUGAGUUGGAGCAGGCAGGAAUUGAGGCAGCCCAGAAGAAGGAAGAGGAAUGGCAGAAAGAGCUUGAAGCUGUGAGGAACCAACAUGCUUUAGAUGUGGCUGCUCUUGUCUCUACCACUCAGGAACUCCAAAGGGUGAAGCAGGAACUGGCCAUGACAUGUGACGCGAAGAACCAGGCACUGAGCCAUGCUGAUGAUGCAACUAAGAUUGCUGAGAUUCAUGCUGAAAAAGUGGACAUUCUCUCAGCUGAGUUGACCCGAUUGAAGGCCUUACUUGAUUCAAAGCUUGAAACUGAGGCCAGGGAAAACAACAAGACGGUGUUGAAGCUUCAGUCUGAGAUAGACUCUUUGAAACAAGAACUUGAGAAAGGGAAAGGUGUGGAGGAGAAGUUGGUAGAAAAAGAGGCUUCCAUUGAACAACUUAAUGUUGAGCUAGAAGCCGCAAAGAUGGCUGAAUCUUAUGCACAAAGUCUAGUGAAGGAGUGGAAAAACAGGGUUGAGGAAUUAGAGAUGCGGGUUGAGGAAGCAAAUAAGUUGGAGAGAUCUGCAUCAGAAUCUUUAAAUUCAGUCAUGAAACAACUAGAGGGAAACAAUGAUUUAUUGCAUGAUGCAGAAUCUGAAGUUGUUUCUCUGAAAGAGAAGGUGGGGUUGUUGGAAAUUACAAUUGGAAGACAGAAAGGGGAUCUUGAGGAAUCAGAAAGCCGUCUUGAUAUGGCCAGGGAAGAAAGUUCUGAAAUAGCCAAAAAGGUUGAGUCUUUAAAGUCUGAGCUUGAAACUGUGAAGGAGGAGAAAGCCCAUGCUCUGGACAACGAGAAGCUUGCAGCUUCAAGUGUCCAGACCCUAUUAGAAGAGAAAAAUAAGUUAAUGAAUGAAUUGGAAAAUUCAAGAGAUGAAGAGGAGAAGAGCAAGAAAGCAAUGGAAAGUUUAGCUUCAGCCUUGCACGAGGUCUCUGUAGAAGCAAGAGAAGCCAAAGAAAAGCUAUUGUCCAGUCAAGCUGAGCAUGAAAACUAUGAGACCCAGAUAGCAGAUCUAAAAUCAGUCUUGAAAGCAACGAAUGAGAAGUACGAAAACAUGCUUGAUGAUGCUAAACAUGAGAUUCUUCUUCUUACAAAUACAAUUCAACAAUCCAAGAAUGAUUUUGAAGACUCCAAGGCUGAGUGGGAGCAAAAAGAACUUCAUUUGGUGGAUUGUGUAAAGCAAUCAGAAGAAGAUAACUCCUCUCGGGAAAAAGAAAUAAAAAGGCUGGUAAAUUUGCUCAAGCAAACCCAGGAAGAAGCUUGUGCCGGCAAGGAGGAAGAAGCUCAGCUAAAGGAAAGCCUACAGGAAGUUGAAGCUGAGGUAAUUCAUUUGCAGGAAGCUCUAGGGAAAGCAAAGGCUGAGAGCAUGAAAUUGAAGCAAAGUUCGUUGGACAAAGAAAAUGAGUUGCAGAGUAUAAUUCAUGAAAAUGAGGAGCUCCAAACUAGGGAAUCUGUUUCUCUUAAGAAAGUUGAGGAGUUAUCUAAAUUGCUGGAAGAAGCUAUGGCCAAAAGGCAAACUGAAGAAAAUGGUGAUGUUACAGACAGUGAAAAGGAUUAUGAUUUGCUUCCAAAGGUUGUUGAGUUCUCUGAAGAGAAUGGACAUGCAAGAGAAGAGAAGCCUAAAAUGGAGCUUCCACUACAGCAGUGUGAGGAACCCAGAAAAGAAAACUUACAGGAAGAUAAUAAUUUGUUGAAUGACGAGGCUGAAAAAAUGAAUUCUGCUAAAAUUGAGAAUGUGAAUGGAAAACUGAAGGAAGAAAAAGAAGAUGACUCGGUUGAAGUUGAAUAUAAGAUGUGGGAAAGCUGCAAAAUUGAAAAGAAAGAAUUUUCCCCAGACAGAGAGGCAGAGCAGGAAUCCUUUGAAGAGGAAGUGGACUCAAAGGUGGAGGGUGGUGAGAACUUCAAUCAGAUAAAUGGGGUAUCUUCUACAGAAAACAUUGAUGAUGGCGGAAGCUCACCAUCAAAGCAGCAACAACCGAAGAAGAAGAAGAAGCCUUUACUCGGAAAGUUUGGAAGCCUACUCAAGAAGAAGGGCCCCAGCAACCACAAGUAGAGAAAUAGACCAGUUUGGCCUAACAUGUGCCCUACUAGCAGGCAGGUAUAUUUGGUAUUAUUUUGCAACUAAAUGUGUUUGCUUCAUUGUUUUUGCAUCCAAAAAACAGAAUAGGUUAAAGAAAUGAAGAGGCUUGUAUGAUCUUUAGUUUUUCCUUCUUUCUUUUUUCUUUUUCACAAAUGUGAUUCCCCCAUUUGAGACGGUAUCUUUGUAUGUGAUGGGUAUUCUAUUUCAUUUUCAUUGUGUUCAUUACCGUUCCUCUCUAGAUCUUAUUAAAAGGAGUGGUAAUUUGAAAUUGUA